UUCCAACAUGGCGGCCACACGGUUGUGUUUUGGGUGCUGCGGGCGUCGUGGCGAGGAGCCCAGGCCUCCUGAAGAAAUGACCCUUUUGGGAGAAGGGUCCCAUGAGGAAGAGGAACAUCUGCCGAGGAAAGAUUACGAGAGCCUGGACUAUGACUGCUGUUUCAAUGAGCCAUACAUCCACAUGUUGGAGAAACAAGACUCAAGAACAAGUAGCAGAAAUGAAGCUGUCCGUUGGGUGGUGACGUUAUUUGUAGGGAUUUUUACCGGGCUAGUUGCACUGUUUAUAGAUGUUGUCAUCAAGGAGCUUAUGGGUCUCAAAGUUGGCAUUGUGAAAAACUGUAUAGAGUUGUUAAGUGUGAAGGGGUACCUGGUUCUGUCACUCCUGGUUCUCCUGGCCUUCAACCUGACCUUCACUUUCAUAUCUGGGCUCUUCACUGCAGCUGAGCCCCUGGCAGCAGGUUCAGGUAUUCCUGAGGUGAAAUGUUACCUGAAUGGUGUGAAGGUGCCCAGAGUAGUGAGACUCUUCACACUGGUGUGUAAGGCUGUAGGAGUACUCUUCAGUGUAGCCGGAGGUUUGUUGGUAGGAAAGGAAGGACCCAUGAUCCACAGUGGGGCAGUUAUAGGUGCAGGUGUUCCACAGUUCCAGAGCUUUACUUUCAAGAAGAUAAAGUUUGACUUCCCUUACUUUAGAUCUGACCGGGACAAGCGAGACUUUGCUUCCAGUGGUGCAGCAGCAGGUGUGGCAGCUGCGUUUGGAGCUCCUAUAGGAGGAGUGUUGUUUAGUCUGGAGGAAGGUUCCUCUUUCUGGAACCAGAUGCUGACCUGGAGAACUUUCCUAUGCUCCAUGACAGCAGCCUUCACCCUAAACUUCUUCCUGUCUGGGACUCGUAUUGAGGGAGAGAACCCUGAUGCUGACUCCAGUGCCUGGGGCAGCUUCUACCAGCCAGGCCUCCUCACAUUCGGACAGUUCAAGUGUCCAGAAGGAGAGCGAGGGUGCCAGUUGUGGACAGUACUGGACCUGUUUGUGUUUAUAGUGAUGGGGAUAGUGGGGGGACUGCUGGGAGCUCUGUUUAAUGCCAUCAACACCAGACUGACCAAACAUCGCAUGAAGCAUGUCCACAACAGACAUCCUGCCAUCAGGGUUCUGGAGGUUCUCCUAGUUACCAUGGUAACCACCAUCGUGGCGUUCACGGCAGCCAUGACCUUGGGAGAGUGCAAAGAGGUCGCGCCCAUCGUGAUCAACGUGACCAGCCCGGUGGAGCAGACAGUCCAGUAUUUCUUCUGUCCCAACGGCACCUACAACGACAUGGCCACUCUGUUCUUCAACACACAGGAAACCUCCAUCAGACAACUCUUCCAUCAAGAAGCUACAUUCAGCCUACAGUCCCUGGGGAUUUUCUUCCUGCUGUUCUUCUGUCUGUCGUGUUGGACAUACGGAACCUCCGUUCCCUCAGGGCUGUUUGUGCCCUCCCUACUCUGUGGUGCAGCGUACGGGCGAUUCGUAGGAAACCUUCUCAAAAUGCUUCCAGGGUUCGAGCAUAUUUAUUCUGGAACCUUCUCUCUGAUUGGAGCGGCCGCGUUCCUUGGUGGAGUGGUUCGCAUGACAAUAAGCCUCACAGUCAUCCUGAUAGAAUCCACCAAUGAGAUCAGCUAUGGACUGCCCAUCAUGAUCGUGCUUAUGGUGGCCAAGUUUACAGGUGACUUGUUCAACCAUGGCCUGUAUGACAUCCAUAUAGAGCUGAAGGGAGUUCCUCUGUUAGAGUGGCACCCACCUCAUGGCAUGGACAGAUUAUGCGCGUCAGACAUCAUGGAGACGUCUCUGUCGUACAUCUACCCGCACACGCGCAUCCAGUCCCUGGUCAGUAUCCUGCGCACCACGCGCCACCACGCCUACCCCGUCGUCACCGAGAACCACGACAGCAUGGUGGAGAGACGGGCGCGCGCCAAGGCCAACACCAUGGUCAGCAACAACAUCAAGUUCAGGAACGAGAACAGCCUGACGCGAGCGAAUGAGCAGAUGCGUCGGAUCAUGUCCCGACGGUCAGCUGAGAUAAAGAUCCUGGAGGAUCAGGAGCAGAGAUCCCGCAGUGGGAGUAUGGACAGCAGGAACGCUGAGGAGGACAUCAACUUCACUCUCAUGACCAGCAGUGUUGAGUUAUACCGCGGGCUGAGCCCUACAGCAGAGGACCACGGGUUUGGGGAGAAGUUCAAACCUCUGACCUUCCACGGGCUCAUCCUCAGACAUCAGCUCAUCAGUCUCCUGUCCAGGGGAGUCUGUUACGCAGAAAACACACCCAGUUCUUGCCAGCCAACAUUGACAUAUGAGGAGCUAACAGAAGAUUACCCUCGUUGGCUGGACAUUCAUGAUGUAGACCUCACUCAACUCCACCCCAGGAUGAUCAUGGAUGUGACCCCGUACAUGAACCCCUGUCCCUACACAGUGUCUCCUAACACACCUGUCCCCCAGGUGUUCAAACUCUUCCGCACCAUGGGCCUCAGACACCUGCCUGUCACCAAUGACAUGGGAGAGAUCGUAGGCAUUGUGACCAGACACAACCUAACCACAGAAAACCUCAAGCAGAAACUGAAGGACAGCCAGCACCUGGCCUGAUGAAACAGGUUUGGG